UGUCACACAAAUCGAUGCCGCUGUGAAAGAAAGUGAAUCUACGAUGCAGUGAAGUGAAUUUCUAUUAUUUCCUUUCUAAAUAAAUAAAUUACAAUUUUAUACCAAAUAAAUACAAAAAUUAACAAAUAUUCCAUUGAAUAUACCGAAAGAGCAUCGUAUUGAAAUAAAUUUCCAUAGAAAAAUCACGAAAAAAUCGAUUAAAAUCGUGAAAAAGUUCAAAACAAAAUCAUGGCCCCACAACCACUUGAGGGCAUGCAAGGCCCCAUGUCUGGUUUCCUACCGCCCGGACAAGAACCUGCUGCCUCAUGUCGCAAUACAAUAUCCCUUGCUGUUCUCAUAGAUUUCAUCAUCCAAAGAACUUAUCACGAUUUAACAGUUUUGGCGGAAUUGCUUCCUCGAAAAACAGACAUGGAAAGAAAAAUUGAAAUAUACAAUUUCUCCGCAAGGACAAGGCAAUUGUUUAUAAGACUCAUAGCCCUCGUUAAAUGGGCCAAUUCAGUUUCCAAAGUUGACAAAUCUGCUCAUAUUAUGAGCAUAUUGGAUAAACAAAACAUGCUCUUUGUGGAAACAGCCGAUAUGUUGGCGAGAAUGUCGCGAGAAACCCUCGUCCGAGCUCGUCUUCCCAAUUUCCAUAUCCCAGCUGCUGUGGAAAUCCUCACCACGGGCACAUACAAUCGACUGCCUUCUUGCAUUCGGGAGCGAAUCGUCCCUCCAGAUCCCAUCACUCCAACUGAAAAGAAGCAAACUUUACUCCGACUGAAUCAAGUGAUCCAACAUCGAUUGGUCACUGGGAAACUUCUUCCACAAAUGAGGGACUUCAAAAUAAAACACGGACGUGUCACGUUUGAGGUCAAACACGAGUUCAACGUUUCUCUCACAGUCAUGGGUGAUGGACCAACUGUCCCCUGGAGACUCCUGGACAUCGACAUCCUCGUCGAAGAUAAAGAAACUGGAGAUGGCAAAGCCCUCGUCCACUCGCUGCAAGUCAACUACAUCCAUCGCCUGAUCCAGGCUCGUCUUGUCGAGAACCCCAACGCCCUGAGCGAGGUCUACAACUGCCUGCACUACUUCUGUCAAUCCCUGCAGCUCGAAGUUCUCUACACUCAGACACUCCGUCUGAGCUAUGAACGUCUCGAGGAUAACAUCUACGUUGAGGAAUAUGUCCCCGGCGUCAAGGUCACAGUCUCCUAUUGGCGUGAACUCACCCGAAUGGAUCCAAAAUCUGAACUAGGCUAUCGUCUAACAGUCCAAUCUGAUCCCAAUGAAAUUGGUCGUCCAUUGGCUGUGGUGCAUGUUCCUUCGUUGGGUGCCAAAGAAUCCUCAGAAGUCGCCGAUCGUGCUGUUCGCACCGAACAUCUCUCAAUGGAGCGUCUCAUUGUCCACACAGUCUACAUUCGUUCUGUGUCCCGUUUAAGUGAUUUAAAACUUGAAUUUCAAUCGUUUUUGAAAGAUGUUGAUUUUAAUUUGCAAGGAACUCCAGCGAUCUUGACAGUUCCAGUGUUGAAUCCAUGUCUGCGAGCGGAGCAGGUGCACAUAACCAUCGAUACACACACCGGAAUGCUGAAAUGCCACGUUCCCAAGCACUUGGAUUGUCCAAUCAUGAAUGAGCUCCAGACGACGCUCAACGGAGACCACAGCAAACUCCAGACACUUAUCUCUGAACUGAGAUUCUGGAUAACCCAUCGUCGCUGUGAGAAGACGUUGCAACAUCUUCCCGCCGCGGCCACAGAAACUCUGCCAUUCUUGGUAGUUCCGGAUAACCCUCUGCUUCAGCCAGGACGACAUAAGAUCUUUGUCAAACUCAACCGCCAACCAAAUGUGAUUCUGGUUGUCCAACUCAAGGAGAAACCUUCGGCUCCAAGUGAAAUGGAAUACACCUUCCAUUUGGGCUUCGUCAGUCACAAUGUCGUCGAAUCCGAUGAUCCCAACAAUCAACCUCCUCCGGAUAUACCCAAAAUGUAUACAAAACUCUUGCGUCUGAUUGAGUUCGACACGUUCGUGGCAACCCAUGGUCCUGGCACGCAUGUUGAUGAUGUUCCACCACACAAACGUAAAUCCUCCAUGGAACUGGUUGGGCCACCAUCGAAGCAACAGAAGACCAUAUUUCCAGCUUAUUUCAUCCCCGAGUUGGCUCAUGUCGUGGCGAUGUGCGAUGAGAAGAUUCCAUUCCUCAAUUUGGCUCAGGAAUUUGCCAAACACAACAUACCCCACAGUGGACUGCAGGUGGAGUCGAAUGCUACUUCGUUGGUGCUGAAGUUGCUGACCCUUCCGAUGCCUGUGGCUGCUGCUGAUCCUAAUCAAAAGUCCACAACAACGAUGCCAAUAAUCGAGAAACACGUGUGGAACGAUUUGCUGAAGCGUCUCCUUUCGGUGUCCAUUCGUUCCCAGAUGAACAAGAGCAACCAGAAUCGCACCUGGGUUGUGGAGUUCGUUUUCUACAGUACUCCCCUGCAGAGUACCCAUCAAAAGGAGCAAGGAAACCGGCGAACUGUCUACCUGACCUAUGAGCAAACCCACAACGACCUCGGCAAGACAGUCGAGGAGCUCCUCAAGGAUUGGUCGAAGAUAGUCUAUCUCUAUACGUUGGUGUAUAAUUUUUCAGAGCACUUCAAGUCAGAGAAAUUCAACCUCCACACGAUGGUGAGUGUCAAGUCCUACAGCUACGUGAAUCUUCUGAUGGGUUAUGGGCCCAACAAGGAAGUCACCUGCAACGUGUAUUGGUCCGCCCAGCAGAAGGGAUUCCGGUUGGUCUUUGUCGGUGGCUUAUCUGCCAUCAAUGCCCACUCCAUGAUGAGGGAGCAGUUGCAGUCGCAUCUCAACAAGCAUCAGGAUCUGACUCACAUUGUUCACAUUCUCCACGAAACUUAUCAACCUUUGAGCUCGAUAUCGAAGUUGCCAAUUAUCCCACAGUUGGGAAUUCCACGUCCUCAAGUUCCAGUCCUGUCGUUCUGUAUUCUCCCGCAAUCUCCAACUCUCCUUCGUCUGGCUUAUCAGGCUAUGUACUGUUUGGAGAUCCGGUUCAGGGCUGGAGGAUUGGUGUCCAUUCGAGAUGGAGCCUAUAGCCGUUUCGAUAGGAGCAAUGUCAUAGAUGAAUUCACGCCCACACAGGGUCUUAAGGGCUUCCUUUCAAAAUAUGUCGAUGAGAACGCUGUGUAUAGGAGGCGUUCACAAAGCGAGGACGAUAACCCACCGUCACCAGUGCCCAUGGAGGACACACACAACACCCAAGGUGCUGGAGGAUCUUCGCCGUUCUUGAGCAGUAACAACAUCCGAGGACCCCAAAGUCCUCGAGAUGGUGGAUUGCGAUUUGCCCCACCAAUAACUCCCCCGACAAGUUCGAAUCCUCACACCCCGGCAAGUCCACAUCCCAUCGGAGGCCAGCAGAAUCAUCCAAACUUUAGUAUGACAUCGCCACCAGCUCCCCAUAUGCCUCAUCCAUCUCCGAGCGGUCUUAUGCCUUCGUCGCCUUUGAAUCCACAGCCCAGUCCGAUGGCCCACUCGCCUGGACCGAGUAUGUACAUGCAGCAGCAUACAGACGGAAGUCCAUUUACUGCGAUGUCUCCGGCGACCUCGAACUGGCCUGGUUCGCCGAGCAUGCCACGACCAUCGCCCAGACCGGGACAGAGCCCGGAGCACAAAUCACAGACGACCGUCUCAACAACACAUUUAUCGAGGGUGUUGCCAAAUAGGUCGUGGGCUGGAGCUGUUCCCACUCUACUCACUCAUGAAGCUAUGGAGACUUUGUGCCGGCCGUGUCCACAUCCAAAUAAAGACAUCGGUGGACCGGAGGUGUGUCCUUUGGAGAGGUUCUUGGGUUGUGUGUACAUGCGAAGGCAGCUUCAACGUAACAUCCAGGCUGAGGAGUCUCUGACGGCGUUGAACUCCAACGAACCAGGGGUGGUCCUCUUCAAAGUUGACGGCCUCCAGUGCCAGGUGGUGCUGAACCAGAUACACAUGCAGUCGCUGCAUCUGAAGGUCUCGCAAAUACCCGUCCAGCCUCUGCCCGAUGGAAAACCCACCUUCCAAUGGAAUCCAGACGAUCUGCAAGUGGUGGAGCAAUUCUUCGAGACGCGCAUAGCUGUGCCUCCAUAUCGACCAAAUGCCCUGCAUGGCUUCUGCCGAGCCCUCAACUGUCCCAUUCAAGUGCUGAAGGAUUUCAUCCAAAUUAUGAGGCUAGAAAUGAUGCCUGAACUCGCUCAAGGUAGUCUCAAGUGGACUGUGCAGCUCUGUAUGAGAGUUCCACCCUCAGCGCCUCCAAUCGUUCCCAUUGGAAGUCCGGGUGUGUUGAUUUGUCGAUUGAAGAUACUCUUUUUCCUCCAAGUAACACGGAUUCCCUAUCCCGGAAUGGAUCGCAGCAAUAGUCCGUCGCUAGUUCUACCAAUGAUCUAUGAUCUGAAUUCGAACAUAACCCAGUUGGCUGAGCGGCGAGAACAAGUCCCAUCACAAGCGGCCAAUGCCGCCGGCAUACUCCUUAGACGAUUCGCUGACUAUGGACCACAACCCGGCGAGUGUUCGCUCUUCCCAGCGGUGAGGGAUCUACUGACGAAUUUGACUCUCCCAAGUGACGUUCCUCCACCUGGAGCACAAAUGCCUGGAGCUCAGUCAAUAGUCCCAUCGCCGGUUGGCUCCAGUCCUGGCCCCAUGAUGCACUCACCAAUGCCUCAGAUGGGACAAGUCGGACCACCUCCUCAGGGCUAUCCUAUGGCACCGAAUCAAGGACCUAACUGAUAAUUACUGUAAAAAUUAACAUAACCAAAAGGCUGGCUAAGUGGUUUCUAUAAAAAUUAAACAUUAAACAAAGAAAGUGGACGUGACUGGGCGGAAUGACAGUUGAAAGAAAUACAAAAACAAAACAAAAAAACGUAGCUCAUUACAGUGGCCUAUUAUUUAUAUUUUAAUUCUUUUCUUAGGUAUAAUUAUUAUAAUUAUGUAUUAUAUAUAUAAAACAAAAAUAAUGUAUUGUGUAAUGAAUCAUCAAGUUACUUAUAUUAAAAAAUUCGGUUUAUUUAACUUUU